GCCUCCAUAAACAUCCUGAAAAGCAACCUGAUCAGAUGUUCCUCCUCUAGGCAGUAACACGGAUUUUCUUCUCUAAGCAGUUUGGAGAGAGAGAGCGAGCAGAGAGCAAGCGAGGGAGGGUGUUGAGUUGUGCUGCCUGCUCCUCCCACCAGAUACAACCUCCUGCUGCCUGUCUGUAAAGCAGCAUUUCAAACACUUGUGAGAAGUGAAGAGGGAGAGAGAGAGAGAGAGAAAUCAGACCCUAAAGAAAGAGGGGAAAGGGAGUGGAAAGCACCACUCAGGAGUGAUCCUUGCUAUUUAUCUCAUGGAUUUUACAAACUAAACCACCUCCCCCCCAGAGGCAAACUUUUAUCAUGAGUUUGCUGAAGCCUGGGCUGCAGGGCUGCCCUCUAGCCAAGUGAUCAGAGCUUUGCGGGGCAGGCACUUUCCCCCUCUCCAGCUGUCUUUCAUGGUAAAGUAUUUAUUCCUGCUCAGCAGCCCCGUGGAUCUCUUCAUCUCCCCUCCGUGCAGGAGAGAUGCGCGCCGCGUGGCCCGGGCAGCCUGCCUCCCGGCUGCUGGUCCUCUCCUGCUUGUGGCUGCGCUGCAUCCUGGCGGACUUCACCUUGGACAAUGAGGUGCACUCCAGCUUCAUCCACCGGCGGCUGCGGAGCCAGGAGCGCCGGGAGAUGCAGCGGGAGAUCCUCUCCAUCCUGGGCUUGCCGCACCGGCCCCGGCCCCAUCUGCACGGCAAGCAGAACUCAGCCCCCAUGUUCAUGCUGGAUCUCUACAAUGCCAUGUCGGUGGAGGAGGCGGCCGGGGCGGCGGGGGAGGAGGGAGAGGGCUUCUCCUACCCUUACAAGCCCAUCUUCAGCACCCAGGGCCCCCCCCUGGCCAGCCUGCAGGACAGCAACUUCCUCACCGAGGCAGACAUGGUCAUGAGCUUCGUGAACCUGGUGGAGCAUGACAGAGAGUUCCAUCAUCAGCGCUGUCACUAUCGGGAGUUCAGGUUUGAUCUCUCCAGGAUCCCGGAGGGGGAAGCUGUGACUGCUGCUGAAUUCAGGAUAUACAAGGAUUACAUCCGCGAACGCUUUGAUAAUGAGACAUUCCAGAUCAGUGUCUACCAGGUACUCCAGGAACACCCAGGAAGGGAUUCAGAUCUGUUCCUACUUGACUCUCGAACAAUCUGGGCUGCAGAAGAAGGCUGGUUGGUGUUUGAUAUCACAGCAACCAGUAAUCACUGGGUGGUAAACCCACAACACAACCUUGGCCUGCAGCUGUCGGUUGAGAGUAUAGAUGGACAAAGCAUCAAUCCCAAAUUGGCUGGUCUUAUUGGAAGACAUGGCCCACAAAAUAAGCAGCCUUUCACAGUAGCGUUCUUCAAAGCCACAGAGGUUCAUCUCCGCAGUAUUCGUUCCACUGGAGGCAAACAAAGGAGCCAGAAUCGAUCAAAAGCACCAAAGAACCAGGAAGCUUUUCGGGUGUCCAACGUUGCAGAAAACAGCAGCAGUGAUCAGAGGCAAGCCUGUAAAAAACAUGAGCUGUACGUCAGCUUCCGGGAUCUCGGAUGGCAGGACUGGAUAAUUGCUCCGGAGGGCUAUGCAGCUUAUUACUGUGAAGGAGAAUGUGCCUUCCCACUGAACUCAUACAUGAAUGCUACAAACCAUGCUAUUGUGCAGACACUGGUUCACUUUAUAAACCCAGAGACUGUGCCGAAGCCCUGCUGUGCUCCUACACAACUCAAUGCCAUCUCAGUGCUCUAUUUUGAUGACAGCUCCAACGUUAUCUUAAAAAAAUACAGGAACAUGGUAGUACGGGCCUGCGGUUGCCAUUAGGUUUGCAGGAAAGAAAAAGAGUGAUUUGUAAUGAGGGUUUUUUAUAUGGAUUUGCAAACAAAAAAGUUUAGGUCUCCGGCCUCGGAUUGCCAUAAAAACAGUUUGCAGGCAUCAUGCUUCUGACAGGGCAGAAUCGGCAGGAGAUAAUAGGACAAAUUCUGGAUCCAGGUGACAUCUGAACCGAUUUUGAACUAAUGGGAAAACCAGUCUGCCUAAAACAAUUGGUUACAAACACUACGUACUGCUGCAGAGGAGCCUUUCGGAAGAUGACUAACUCACCAGCGUUGAUUAUAAACAUCUCUUUUAAACAAAUCUAUCUGUGGUGCGAGUGCGUGCAAAGUAAUAAGCAUUUUUAGUUCCUGUAACAUGUUGUUCACAAUAAAAAUGAGUGACUGAAACAUA